ACCAAGUACCCCUCCCUUGCUAUUUUAACCGCUGACUUUAUAGCGAAGGCUCAAAGUUUACAAUUUUCAGUAGAUUUUUUAGCGGGAAAACAAUUUGACAGAUUCGUGUUUUUAUUCCGUAAAGUUAAACAAGUCUCUAUUCGAAAAGGUUCAAGAUGGUUAUGUACGAAGUUCAUAGACAUCCAGUUUUACAGAAAUAUCGUACUCAUAUAUGCAGUAAAGCUACUAUUUUUCAGUUCUUCGUAAUCUGGCUGACCUACUUACCACCCCUUAUUAUUGCCUUUGUGACAUACGGGUUUUGGAUGAAAGAAAGCUCUUUUCGAGAGCAACCUAAUGUGCAGUUCAAACAUCAACUAUUGUUAGUUGCUCAAGGAAAUACUCCUGGUUCCUAUCUCGCUUACAGUACUUUCCUAAACUUCAACCAACUUCUUCAACAGAAUCUGAGAAUUCCUCUGGUUAAGUCUUGGGAAGAGGACACCAAUUAUGAUGGCAAAUAUGACUCACUCAACUUUGAUAUCAGGCUACCUUUAAAAGAUGCAGAAUCAAUUUAUUCUGUCCAAGUUAUAAUGCUGUUUGAUUACAAGUUACAUAAAUAUGUAUCUCUCCAAAUGGAAGGGAUGGCGUAUAUUCAUUAUGACUCACCAAUAGCUGGGGCUGAGUUUAGAACUGUAGGUGAACUAAAGCUGAGGCAGACAAGUCUUUUACCAAACAAAGGAAAACAUUCUACUUACAAUACUUCGAUCAUUGACAGCUCAAAAACAUCAGUAGAGACAUAUGACCUAUUUACAAUAUUCUCUUCAUAUAUCAAAAGAAAUGUAAGCACUGAGUAUGUGUCCAAGUACCCAGUAUGGACAGGUGGGCGUGCAUCUGGACAGCCAUUUGUAAUUAAAGGGACCAUUCAUUACCCAGAAGAAAUGAUAUUCUAUCGUCCUGGGUUCUGGCARAUGUUGAAGUGGGCCUGGGUUCAGUAUUUAUCUGUGCUAUUUAUAUUUCUGUUUGUGUUUGAUAGAGUUAAACGGUUUAUCUUUGAAGAACAGAUUGUUUCUACUGUACCUAUGCAGCUAGAAAAAGAACAUCAGGACUGAAUUGUUCUACUGAAAAAAUGGUUUAAAAUCACUAAGACCUGUGUAUCUUAUACACUUUUGUAUUGAUUACUUAGUCUGUUUAAUGAACUUAGGCGUGGUGUAUGAACUUCAAAUUUUCACAGUAAGAUUCCAUACAUAAACUAAGAUGUAAAUAGUUCUAUCAAGUGCUGUGAUGGUGUUUUUAGAGAGAGUACCACGUACAUACUUUAUAUAUACCAAAAUGCAUACUAGACGUUUUUGGCUGCAAAAAAAAUAUUUAUAGAAAGUGCAAUCACUUAUUUGAAAAAUAGGCUUGAACACUUGAUGUGUAUUAAUGUUUAUAUACAAGUAGAGGUCGUCUGGUUUUUACAUUGCAGUUGAAUGCAAAAAUAGUUUUGAACUUGCCAAAAUAGAUAAAUAAAUUCCAUUUUAAGUACU